AUGGGCGGCGGUAUCAAAGGAUGGGCGGCAGUGUCGAAGGAUGAGCGACACUGUCAAAGGAUGGACAGCAGUGUCAAAGGAUGGGCGGCAGUGUCCGGCAGUGUCAAAGGAGGGCGGCAGCGGCAAGGGCGCAAUGGCGGCAGACAAAGGAUGGGCGGCAGUGUCAAAGGAUGGGCAGCAGUGUCAAAGGAUGAGCCGCACUGUCAAAGGAUGAGCGGAACUGUUAAAGGCUGGGCGACAGUGUCAAAGGAUCGGCGGCAGUGUCAAAGGAUGGGUGGCAGUGUCAUAGAAUUGGGGAGAAGACGGCAGUAUCAAAAGAUGGGCGGUAGUGUCAAAGGAUGGGCGGCAUGUCACAGGAAGGGAUGUCCGUUACUGCAGUUCGAUUCGGAAGAGGCAGCCAGCAAUGGACUUUUAAAGGCCGAUAAAGAACAAGAAUUAUCAUAA